AUGGCACCCACCGUUUACAUUGUAAUUUACACCCUUUACCAUCACGUAUACAAGCUAGCUCUUGAGGUACAGAAAGGAUUGGAAGCCGUUGGUGUGGAAGUUAAGCUGUUCCAAGUGGCCGAAACUCUCUCUGAUGAGAUUCUUACCAAAAUGCACGCACCAGCCAAGCCCGAUCUACCGGUGAUUUCGGUAGAGCAGUUGACCGAGCCUGAUGGCCUCAUCUUUGGUAUCCCAACGCGAUUUGGUUCUUGCCCAGCACAAAUCAAGGCACUUUUGGAUGCCACCGGCAAGUUGUGGGCUACAGGUGCGUUGUCAGGCAAAUUUGCAGGCACCUUUUUCUCUACUGCUUCCCAACAUGGAGGUCAAGAAACAACAUCGCUUACAACCAUUACAUACUUUGCCCAUCAUGGAAUGAUUUACGUACCAUUUGGUUUCGCUCAUACCGCUCUUUUUGACAACUCUGAAGUUGUGGGUGGUUCUGCAUAUGGUGCUGGUACCGUUGCCAACGGUGAUGGUUCUCGCCAGCCAACAGAGAAAGAGCUUGACAUUGCCAGAACUCAAGGUGAAAACUUUGGCAAAGUUGUUGCCACGUACGUCAAGGGCAAAGGCGCAUAA